CCCAGCCCGCUUUCGUAGUUUUUUUUUGUGUUUUUGUUAUUUUUUGUUUUUUGCUAACGUGUUCUUAUUAUAUUUUUAUUGAUGUAAGCAUUGUUUGAUUUAUCAUAACUAUGCAUUACGCCUUAAUGGGUGCCACUUUCGGAUCAACAAUACAUAACGUCAAUCUAAUUAAAAUCAGGAUGGUCAUUCUCACUACGUUACAUGAACAUCAUCGGUUUUAAAAAAGAUCGCAUUGAUGGCCCAACACCCAGAGGUGUUCAUUGUAACAAAUCGUCUAUAAGAUGAUAAGUAUAUGAUACAUUGUUCUAAUUACUAGAUAUACAACAGGCUAGUAACACAAAUGACAAAGGAGGACAAUUUUCUGAUUCGUGACCUGACCGGGACUCGAAUUCACGAUCUACGGUACUUAAUCACCUAGCCCGAAGAACCCGCAGCCAAUACCACUUCGCCACAUCAUCGGUUUUAAAAAAGAUCGUAUUGAUGGCCCACCACCCAGACGUGUUCAUUGUAACAAAUCGUCUAUAAGAUGAUAAGAAUACCUGGAUCGAAAUGUAUAUACAUACAUGUACAUGGAUGCGAAUUGUACACAUAUUACAUAUAUUCAACUCAGUACAACUACGACAUAAAUGCCAAUAACAGCGUAAAAUUAUCACCUUGAACGGGUAUAACACAUAAUAACAGAACAAUUCUUACAAAAGAUAUGACUCCAGUAUCAACUAUGAUUAUAUAUUUAAAAGCAAACGUGAUGUUAUAGCCGAGGUAAAAAUACAUGUGACAUUCGAUCAGCAGGACUCAUAACCUGCUGUGUUUAUACAGAGAUGAAGCCACGUCCUCGUUUAUUUAUUACGUACUGCUAGUUCAGCUGUGACCAAGAACAUUAUUAUCGUAUGCAAGCGGUGUAUGAAGCAGAAAUGGAGCAACAACAGAAUAUUUUCCUUAAGAAGACAUUUGUAGCCAUAACCGGCGCCAGCAAAGGAUUAGGAAGAUGUAUAGCACUACAGUUUGCGGCCAAGUUCCCUGCCAAUACUGUCUUUGUACUUAUGGCAAGGAAUGAGCAGGCAUUGGAAAAUGUCAAGUCAGAAAUAGUGUCUAAGAUACCAAAUGUCACUGUUCUGGUACGGCAAUAUGAUCAGGGCAUUGUAGAGAAAGGGUAUUUCAAUGACAUAUUCAACGAAAUUUUAUUGAGAAACAAGCUAUCGGAAAAUGACUUCCAACAAUUCAUGAUCGUGCAUAAUUGUGCUGCUGUCAUUGGCCUGUCGAAGAAAACUUUAGAAUUGUGCGACUCUGUGGAAGUGAGGAAUGCCUUCGACAUCAACCUGAUUGGGAUGAUUCUACUCAACACCAGCUUCUUCCAGACAUUCUCUGAUUCCAAGAAAUCACGGGUGGUGGUCAAUAUGUCUUCAGCAGCUGCUUCAACUCCUGUGAGAUACAUGCAUCUAUACUGUGCGGGAAAAGCUGCCAGGGACAUGUAUAUGCGCGUAUUGGCUGCAGAGGAACCGUCUUUACGGAUACUGACGUUUGCCCCAGGUUCAUCGGACACAGAUUUGGCAAAGACAGUCGAGAGGUGUUGUCCUGACAAAGUCGUCGCUGCGCUGAUGAAACGGCUUCGAGAAGAGGGUAGGAUUACACUUCCAGAGACCCCAAUCUCAAAACUGGUGGAUAUACUAGAAGAAAACACGUUUGAGAAUGCCGUUUGCCUGGAGAGCGACAAAAUAUUCUAACUAUGUGUGUUGUUUGUUAAUAUUUUGUUAAUAUUAACAACGAUAGAAUGUAAGUUAAUGUCUUACAAGUUCGUCAAGGCACCUAAGCAAUGUUAUUAUCACCUUUCCUCUUCUCGAGUCAUGCUUCCUUACUGAUUACCCCCUCCAUAUGUAAUCCCGACAUAUUUAUUUCCUAUUUUUGUUAUUAUGUCGAUACAUUAAUCCACAGAUAUUGUAUUUCCUAUAUAAGCACUAUAAUAUUACAUUUAAUUAAUACAGUUUUUAUAUCUUG